UGCUUUAAAUUGUCAUUUACAGUUGACACUCGGCGCACGUGUGUUUUCAUAUUUAGUUUUUUACUCCAGUUUGUUAAUCAUCAAAUUGUAUAAAUUUCGAUUAUUUUUCAACACUCCACUGCGAUUUUCUUCAGUGCUAUAUUUACCAUGGUUCAGUAAAGGUCAGUCCAUGUCUUGCAAUCACCAACAACCAAUCUCAGCUUGCUAUGCAAUCACUGGCUGAUAAACGCGAAGCACGGCUGCAGCGCAAGAAACAGAAAUUAGCCGCGCUCGUCACGCUCACACAAAUGAAGGACAUGGAGAAAAACAACAACACAGACAUCAAAGACAACAAAAUCAGCAAUGAAAAGGACACACAUCUGCCGGACAAUGCGGUGGAUGCAGAACCAAGUCCGAAACGGCUUUGUGUCCAAAACGGUACAGCUCUAACAGAAACUACAAAUUCUCCACAUCUGGAAAAACCUACUUUUGACCUGUCUGUAAAGCAAAGAAUGACUGAUGAAGAAUUCAAACAGUUUAAAAAGCUAAUUAACGAGCGCCGGAAACAUUUCGGCGCGAUACCAAAGUUUCACUUGCGCGAGCAAGGGGAAAUGGCUUCUUUGAGUGUAGAUAUCGACUCGCGACUGCCUCUUUUUCUUACUGAUAUCCAGCACUUAAUCAUGUACUCACAACUGGGACCAUUGUCCAGUUACAACCCAUCGCGAUGGUGUAACCUGGAAAAAUUCUCAAAGAUACGCCACACAAAUGUGUUUAUUAUUGAGAAUUUAUCCCUGUACAACUACGAAUCGCACCAAUCAGAGUACAAGUUCCUUUCGGGUAAUUUUCACGAUAAGGUUGAAAUCUUAGCGCCUAAGUUAUACAACGGAGACAGUGUUCAAGAAAUUGCGACUGUUUCUUUAACGACAACUCAACUUAGGAAGUAUAUAGGCACACAUGGCAAUAUGAUUGCAGCUGCUGAUAAAUGUCCCGAGGUGUUUAAUUUUAUGAAGAAUAUUUUUCCUCAGGCGGAAAAUCCAAAUAAAUGUGCCAAAGGUGACGGUAAAACCGAAAAGAAUAAAGAUCAAUUUCCACGCACAGAUAUUCUGCUUUCCGGUUGGCAAAUGGUCGAAGAAAACUUCCCGCUGCCAAUUAAAGGACUCUGGGAGCGUAAGUAGGGAUAUGUACUUACAAAGGAUAAAUAUGAUGAGGUAACACCGACGAGUCCAAUGUACGGCAUGGAUUGCGAAAUGUGUAAAACUAGUACUGGUGAUCUUGAGUUAACUCGAGUUUCUAUCGUGGACGAAUCUAUGAAGACGAUUUACGAUGAGCUUGUGAAGCCCGACAAUCCAAUUACGGAUUAUCUCACACGGUUUUCCGGUAUUACCGCUGCUAUGAUGCGUCCAGUGAAGAAACGCAUCCAAGAUGUUCAGGAAGAUAUUAGAAAAAUGUUACCAGGUGACGCUAUCAUUGUAGGACAAUCAUUGAAUAAUGAUUUUCAUGCUUUAAAAAUGAUGCAUCCGUAUGUUAUUGACACGAGUAUCAUUUUCAAUUUAACUGGUAAUCGCAAUCGAAAAACUAAGUUAAAAACUUUGUCAAUGGAGUUUUUAUCAGAGAGUAUUCAAGAAGGUAGUAAAGGACAUUGUUCAACUGAAGACAGUUUAGCAUCGCUUAAACUCGCCAAGUUAAAACUCUCGAAAGAUAUUUAUUUCGGUGAUGCGGUGAUGUCGAAUAUUCAAGCGCAGAUUCGGCAACCAUCCGAGCUAGGAACCGCUAGUUAUGCAACUAGUAUGUUAAAGCAGGUGACGCGCAAGGAAAAGAAGGCUUUUAUUGCGGCUCGUGAGGAGUUGGCUUUGAAGUAUUGUUACUUCACUGAGAAGAAGAACACGGUGAUUGAUAACAAGCGAAUGGUGGUGAAGAUUGCGACAAGUAAUGAUGAUGUGGUGGAGAAGAUUGUGAAAAGGACUACGACCGAUUUAUUGAUUGGGCAUGUUAAAAUGCCGGAAGUGGAUGGCGUCGAGAUGGCGGCCAUGGCCGAUGGCUGGGUGAGUCGGAUUUGGGAAAACACGGAGACGCCGGCGCUGAACAUUGUCGUCUUCGCUGGCGGGCAGGACGCUGGCAACGGCGUCUGUUUCAUCAACAUGAAGACGUAGUUAGUAAUUAUUAAGAUUUUUUCAUGCAUAUUAAAUAGCUAUACAAGUUUUGUAUAGUCAUACAAGUGACAAUUUUCAAGUUAUUGGCUGCUAACAGCGAGUAAGAAGCAUUUAUUAAGUU